AUGCUUGCGUACGGACGGUCCCAGCGCACACUUCGCUUCUCCCACCAAGACGAGUUGACCCUCGACCCUCUAGCGGAAAUCCAAGAGCAGCUGCCCAUAGGGCCAUCCGAAUCGGGGAAGCUCGUGGGCGUAAACCUCGAGCUUCCCGCCGGGGGGGACAACGAAACAACCCCGUGUUCCAUGGAAGCAAAAGGAACGAAGACCACCACGCGGCACAACCUGGCCGCCACCCCGAACCCUUCACAGCUCUUCGAAGCAGAUUUAGGCGGCAAUACCCGUGGAAUAGCCACAGGCAUGGAAUCUACCGGCGACAGGGGCGGAGGCGGCAUCUAUGGCGGAGAGCCCGUGAUGGCGAGAAAGCGGUUCCGACUGGAAAUGGACCUCGGGUCCGACUCGGAUAGCUCUACCGAACAAGACGUUUUGCCCCGUAGAGGUCGUUGCGGUCACGAUCCCGUUCAAAGUAACCGCAGUGCACCAAAACUCAGACAUCAAGUCUCGCCGGCCACUGGACAGCGGCAACACCAACAGCGCGGUGGCAUGACGAACAGAUACCGGCAGAUAGCUCAAGGCCAUGAUGACGACUCUGACACCGCAUUUCGAUCGUCGGAUUUUAGGACUGGGGAAAACGGCGGUGCCAAGGGGCGGUGGCAAAGGGAGGAUGGCAGAGACGCUGGGCGGGGGUGGGGACGGGGAGGGCCGUACCUGGACGAUGCUCGAAAAAUGAUCUGUUCCCAGCCCAAGUUUGUGACGCCAGACCACGCAGAGCCGAUGCAGCCACCGCGACUGUCCGUGCCACCUCCUAUUUCAAACACCCGGCCGCAUAUCGCGGUGCAGAACCCCUACAAGCCUUCGGCGCAAGUCACUCCCGACAGUCAUUACCAAACAAGAUGGGGCACUGCCGAACCCGCUCGGUCUUCGGGAAGUCGGAGUUCACGCUCUUUCUCCCCGGGUGGAGCGUCGGCUGCAAGGAGCGCAGGUGCUUCUGCACAAGAGGCGGGCGGAGGCGAUGGCUACGGCAGCUUGCAUGGCGCCGGCAUGGAUAGAAGCAGCGCCCUGAGGAAGAUGCCCUCGCUUGUUGGAGUGAAGGAUGUCUACCCUCCGGAGCUCAGCAGAAUUUGGCCUUUCCAAAACUUCAACGCCAUCCAAAGCGCACUGUUCCAGACGGCUGCCGAGAGCGACAAGAACGUGGUCGUCUCGGCGCCGACGGGUUGCGGCAAGGCCCUCUGUCAGCAAACGUUGGACGACUGGACCGCCAAGUUCUCACCACUGGGAAUACGACUAGCCGAGCUCACCAGCGAUUCCACCUCCGGUCCCUCCAAGGGCUCGGUGUCCCUCCGAGACCUGGCGUCGGCGGACGUUAUCCUCACCACGCCGGAAAAGUGGGACAGCAUCACCAGACGUUGGAAGGAGCACGCGUUCUUGGUGUGUACCGUUCUGCAAAACAUUGAAUAUGAAAUCGAGUUCAUUAAUAUUCUCCACGGCUACAUUGGGAGCUGCGCCUGUACAUACUGCGUGAAUGACGUGGUCUCCAUGGGCCUUCCCGCGUCGCGGAUGCGCUUCAUUGCGCUGUCUGCGACGCUUCCCAACGCCGACGAUUUCGGUUCAUUCCUUGGAGCUGAGGUGUUCCGGUUUGGAGAUGAGUUCAGGCCGGUCCCUCUCCAGGUGGUCAUGCAGUACCUAGCGACUGCAGCGAACACGGCCGAGGACCCGCAGUUGGCCAAACUAAUGAUCAGGGGCGUGGCGAUCCACAACUCGGGACUUUCUCCCCGCGACCGCGGGCUUGUGGAAAGGGCGUUCCUGUCCGGCAGGUUGUACGGAUGGUUGGGAUGA